AAGGACGCCCAUGUUUCAACACAAACAUCACCUCACCUCCCGAACAAACGUGGUGAGCUUCCAGCGCCACCACCCAACGGACAUCCUUUUGUUCGAGCCCGAAGGCUGCCCUGCAAGCACAGGGAAGCCCGACGGAAACUCAGACGCUACCCGAGGUACUCUACAGUAUACCCUUAGGCUCCCCAGCGCAACUGCUUGUCUGUGUUCAUGUGUCACCCCCUCUCACCACGUUCCACGUUUCCACUCUUUGUCCUCGGGAUGCCGCAUGCUAAUUGCUUGCCGCCAGGCAAAAGGAGCCAGCCCGAUGAUGACGAGCAACACGUGUCGUAGCUGCUAGUACUACAGUACGCUGCCAAUUUUUCGACUAAUCGAGCUCACCGGCGAGCCUGGCUCGUUACGGUGACGAUGAGCAUCGCCCUCAAGCACAUCCCAUGUCCAGCUGGCGACAAGUGCACUGCAUUUCAGUGCAUAUUUGGCCAUAAGGGUGAUCAGGCACAAGAGGCGCCUUCAACCGCGGCACAGGGAGGCAACAGCCAGAAACAGGCUCGGGAAGAUGACCAUGGUUCAUCAGACGGACCCAGGAAGCGUCUCAGGGUCGCCCAAGGAGAUGCCGUGAAGACUGCACGCGACUCAUCCCAACAAGGCACAAAUAAAACGCCCGAUGAGACCACCAAACGACUCGCGAAACCUCUCACUGCCACCCGGCCCGUGUCACCACCGCCACUUUCGCGAUCGCGCCCAUCAGGUGCCGCGGCGGACACGCCUCAAGCGCCCUUUGUCCCGCCCAAGAAACCUACGACCGCGUCUUUCACAGGCACAAAACCCCCAGAGCCCGCACCGCCUGCUGCGAAGAAAAAGACUGAGAGUCUCAAUCCUCGCCUACUGAAGAGCUCGCCCGCCAGCCACGAGACUCGCCUCAAGCUUCUGCGUCUGAUGCACAACGAGUUCGUGCGGUUGAACACAGAGAUCAAGAAGGACGCCAGCGAACAAGAGCUUCGUAUUGUACUCUCUGAUCAAGAACUUAUUAGCAGAGCCCUCGACGAAGAGCAAAAGGCGGCCGUGGAGAAGCCCGCCGUCUACCCCAAUGUCAUGAAAAACAAGGUCAUGCAAUACAAGCGCAUGGGGGCAGCGCAGUGGAAGUCGGAACGGGAGAAGGAGCUGCAAGGAGCUCAGCAGAAGUCAGCCGCCGGUAAUCUGUCGGACGGACCCCCCAAGAAGAUCGCGACGGGCCUGCCGCAAGCCAAGGAGGUGGAGCUUCUCAGGCGCAUCAUCACACCGAUACAGAGCCUGUCCAAACAUGGUUAUGUUCCGACUGUUCCGACAGACAAUGCCAUUGACGAAGCCCGCAAAGGCGUCAAGGCGGCCAAAGGAUGGGAAGUAUGCGAUCGCUGCCGUCAACGAUUCCAAGUCUUUCCCGGUCGACGCGAAGAAGACGGAGCGCUCACCUCAGGAGGAUCGUGCAACUUUCACUGGGGCAAGACAUAUGUCCCGCCCAAAGCGCCUGGCGACAGGAGCCGGGUAGCCAAAAGAUACCAGUGUUGCGGCCAGGAAGUCGGCGACUCAGUUGGCUGCAUCACGCAUGACCACCACGUGUACAAGACUACGGACGCGGCUAGGCUGGCUGCCGUGCUCAACUUUGCGGAAACACCAGCCAACGACCUCGCCCCGAUCGAUAAAGCGGUCUGCUUUGACUGCGAGAUGGGCUACACCGUCCAUGGCAUGGAGCUGAUACGUCUAACUGCCACCGCAUGGCCCGAUGGCAAAGAACUCUUGGACGUUCUCGUUCAACCUCUCGGAGAAAUCCUUGACCUCAACUCUCGGUACUCUGGAGUCUGGCCGGACGAUUUGGCCCAGGCUCCGUCGUGGGCCGACAGCCUUGAUCCAACGCCAUCUAAGAGCGGCGAGGAGACCGGCAGCGAAGAGGGCGAGAUCAAGUCGACCAAGAAGAACCUCAAGAAGGUAUCCUCGCCGGAAGUAGCGAGGGAUCUGCUCUUCUCGCUCAUCUCGCCCUCGACCCCUCUCGUGGGCCACGGACUGGAGAACGACCUCAACGCCGUUCGCGUCGUGCACCAAAACGUCGUCGACACGGUGCUGCUCUAUCCGCACCAGGCAGGGCUGCCCUAUCGCUACGGUCUCAAGAAGCUCAUGCAAGAUCACCUGAACCGCAAAAUCCAACAGGAGACAGGACCCAAGGCCCUGGGCCACGACUCUGCGGAAGACGCUCGGGCGGCCGGCGACCUGGCGCGGCUGAAGGUGAUGAAUCUUUGGCAGGACAUGCGGCGUGUAGGAUAUCGACUCGUAGAUGGCGAGAUCACAGCACCGGGAGCGAGCGGCGGCAAGAAUGGGGGAUUGACAGAGGAGUUUCUCGAGGAGAAGGCAACCUGACAGCUUCCCCUGCAGACACUUUAGGCUACGACGACAGUGGCCAAGAGACCAGAUCCGCGUAGUUUAUGCAGACACCAACCAAGAGGGAGGUCUGCGACAAGCAGGAUUUAAGAAGCGUUGGGCGUGUCCUGUUCCAUUACUCCCAAGCCUAAUGUUACAUGGUCGCUGUG